ACGCGCGCGCGCGCACACACACACACACACACGCAGGCGUGCGCGCAGGAGCGGGAGCCGGACGCGUCUCGCGCACUAUGCUGCGGCUGCAGAGCUCGAGCUCUCCACCAGCGCAGGAGUUUCAGCAUCACAGAGCGCCAGAUCACAAGACAUCUGCUGACUUUUCUCCGUCCAGGUCGUGGAUAAAACUGAACGAUGCACGAUUCCCGAAGCUGUGCAACCGCAGGAGAGCGCACACCGCACACGGACCGCGCCGAGACUAAAGACUUGCCACCAGACCUAUUUAAAUCCACUUCUGUUCUGAUGAUCAUCUCCAGAGUUCCUCAAAAGUCCAGAGACGACCUGCGUGCGGGAACCUUCACCAUAACCUCAUCGUGAACAUUCUCCCUGCGACUCGGGGAUCGUGGAUGAAACCCAGCUCUGCCUGUUUGUGUGUGUGUGUGUGUGUGCGUGCAUAUGCAUAUCUAUGUGUGCGCGCGCGCUCAUUCCAGCGUUAUUUCUGGAGAAAAUACCCAGGUUUCACACCCAAGACUCAUCCAGGGAAAUGGAUCCAAAUGCCCGAUGUGAACGAAGGCGUGUCAUUCAGAGAGCAGCCGGCUGUGACCAGAGAGGAGCUUGUCACUGAUAAAACUGCCAAACGUGUUGUUUUGGUCCACGUAUUUAAACUGGCCCUCCCUGGCCUCCGAGUGAAAAUGUGAUGAGUCUGGCUAUCAGUUUCAACCCGAGCAUGGAUGGAGGCAAGCAAGGGAGGCACACAGGCUAAUGAGACAAUUGGUCUUGUUUUGGGGGGGCUUAGGAGAGCCAAUUACAGGAGGAUUACCAACUUUUCCCCAGCAUAGCUCCACUGUGGAACGCUUCAAGUGCUGUUAAAAAAAAACUUCAACCUUGUGGAUUUUACUUUUUUUUUUUUAUUGCUUUAUACUUGCAUCGCCUCAGAGCGGUUUGUGUUUUCUCCCCACCAAAAAUGGAGAUACAGGUACGAAUAUGGAAUAAAGAUGUGAUGAUAUUUAUUAGACCUUGGAUACCGAUCCUACUUGGCCUUCACAUGCAGUUCUCCUGGGCCACGACUUGCCCAGACGAGUGCCGUUGUGACAGGACCUUUGUGUACUGUAAUGAAAGGAGCCUAACAUCAGUGCCUCUGGGGAUAGGUGAGGGUUACAAAACCCUCUACCUCCACAACAACCAAAUCAACAAUGCUGGAUUUCCAGCAGAGUUGCACAACGUUGCUUCGGUGGAGACGGUGUAUCUCUACGGCAACCAGCUGGAUGAGUUCCCAAUUAACUUGCCUAAAAACACGCGCGUGCUCCAUCUGCAGGAAAACAACAUUCAGACAGUGUCACGUGCGGCGCUGGCCCAACUCCUGCGUCUUGAGGAGCUCUUCCUGGAUGACAACUCUAUCUCCACUGUGGGUGUGGAAGAAGGGGCGUUCAGGGAAGCCAUCAGUCUCAAAAUUCUUUUCCUAACCAAGAACCAUUUGAGCAGCGUGCCCAUCGGACUUCCUGAAGAGCUCAAGGAGCUUCGUUUAGAUGAAAACCGGAUAGCUUUGAUCAGUGAUGACGCCUUCGAGAAUGUAACGGGACUCGAACGCCUCCUUCUGGACGGAAACCUCCUGACAGAUGAGGGCCUGGCCCCAGGAGCAUUCCAGAGUUUGGUUAACCUUAAAACCCUGUCCAUGGCACGCAAUUCCCUGCUGGUCCCUCCUCCUAACCUGCCCACCCAGUGUUUGAUCAAGCUCAACUUGCAGGAUAAUCUGAUGAAUGAGAUCCCUUUGACGGCCUUCCAUGGCCUGCACCGCCUCGAGAGACUGGAUAUUUCCAACAACCAGCUGCAGUCUCUCACACAGGGGGUCUUUGAUGGCCUCCUUAGCCUGAGACAGCUCACUGUUCGAAACAAUCUUUGGCUCUGUGACUGCAACAUUAAAUGGGUCAUAUUGUGGCUAAAGUCCUUGCCGGCCACACUCAAUGUCCGUGGCUUCAUGUGCCAGAAGCCUGAGAGUGUGCGUGGUAUGGUAAUCAGAGAGCUAAACUUGGAGAUGAUCCAGUGCCCCAGCAGUACAGCCAUAGUGCCACGAUCAACACAACAGCCCACACACUCCUCGUUGCCUACUGCUGAGUCAGCUACUGAAACAGGCUUUUCAACACCAAACUCUGUUCAUACUCCCAGUUCUGCGACCUCGCCACCUGCCCUGCCAACCGAGCAUGGAGAUAAAGAUGAGAAGACAGAGGUUCCUGAGGACCCUGUGCAGGAAUCGCUUCGUGUUUCCUUCAUUGUCCUAAACAGUACGUGCGUCCAGGUGAACUGGAUAUCAACCUUCACUGUCACGGCGUACAAGGUGACCUGGGUCAAGAUGGGUCACAGUUUGAUUGGUGACCCUAUGCAGGAGACUAUGGUUGAAGGUGAGCAGCAAAGGAUACACCUGGCCAACCUGGAUCCCAAAUCCAUCUACAGAAUUUGCGUGGACCCUCUGGAUGCUUUCAACAACUACCACACGGGAGAAGAUACGAUUUGCUCGGAGGUGAUGACCAAGCCGGCUUCCUUCGAUUUGGACGAGAAGGCCGAGCAGGCGAGCCAACAGGACAUUGGCUCUUCUCUGCUGCUGGCCGGUCUGAUCGGAGGGGCCGUGCUUGUCGUCCUGGUGCUGCUGCUUAGCAUAUUUUGCUGGCACGUGCACAAGAAGGAACGGUCGUCCUCAUCUAAAUGGAAAUAUAACCGAGGGAGGAGGAAAGACGAUUAUUGCGAGGCAGGCACAAAAAAGGAUAACUCUAUUCUGGAGAUGACCGAGACUAGCUUUCAAAUAGUUUCUUUAAACAACCAACAGCUCCUUAAAGGGGACUACAGAAUUCAACCUAUUUACACCCCUAAUGGAGGCCUUGGCUACAGAGACUGCCCUGUGGCCAACAACAGUACAAGCUACAGCAAGAAUAGCGUUCCGGUGUCUAACCCUUGCCAUACAUGAUGGUUUUCAGAAGGUAUUAAUCCUUUGUAUUGAAAAAAAAAAUCAACUUAAAUAUGCUGUACAGUAUAUAUUUCAAAGAUGAACUGUAAAUGCUGUAAUUUAUACUCUUAUCAGUGAUAUCGCCUUCUUUUGUAUACCGAGUAAAAAUGCAAAAAAACAAUUUAUGAUGUAUUAGUUUCUCCUGUUGUAUUACUACUGGGCUUGUAGGAAACCAUCCGAGUAUCAUAAACUGGAGUAUGUAUGCAGAUAAUUGUUUACAUUGUCGUGCACAAAAAUCACAGAAAGUGCCCAAAAUUACAGUAUAUAGAUGAUUAUCUAGAAUUGUGGGAGAAAAUAACGGUGGUUAGUAAUGGGUCUGAUUGUGAGUGAGGUCUGAGGUAUGAAUGAAGAAACUGAUUCACAGCAUUAUUUAUGCUUGUCUGAUCUCUUCUGUUCUUUAGUUGUACAACAAGCUGGCAUCUUUUUUUUAUUAUUAUUUUUAUUAUUAUUUUUUUAAUGACGUUAAUUGGCACCUUUUUUUCAAGAUUGUUCAUUCAUCUGAUUUCCUGAUUGAAACCGUUCAGGUUAAGUGGUCUGCAAAUACAGAGAGAAAAAUCUACCUGCCAAAAAACAAACAAACAAACAAACAAACAAACAAACAAACAAAAAAAAGACAGGGCUUAUUUGUUAGGCAAAGUAAUAGAAAGAAAAACAGAGUGGUAAUGAAAGACGUGUUUACUGUGUGCAUACGUUAAUUGAUUACAUAAAAAAAAAAGAGAUGAAAUGUAUUCCACUGUGAAGCACAGUCUGGCAUUUUAGCUGCACAGCUCUUGGAAAAAAAGACUGAUUAUAAUUGUCCAUUAUCAUUCUGCUCCUGGAGGCAACUUUCAUUCACAUACAGCUCUUUGUAUAUUUAUUAAUUUUUUUCUUGUUUUAAUCUAAACUGGCAAGGUAGUAGUGUCAAAAAGUGUUGGAAAUUGGAAUCGGAUCAGGAAGAUUCAUGACUCAGUUGCAUCAUUAUCUGGUUUGAGGGCGUCUUCUUCUCCUUCUUUGUUUUUUCUUCUAAUUGUCUUGCUCUGCAAACAACUCUGUGAAACAUAACUAUCACAAAUAUGACCAGGUAUUGUUUCUUUGCAUAUAUCCAUGCAUUAUUUCCAAGAAUAUCAAUAAACGUUGUCACAAUGUUGACUAGAAUAAGUA